CAACAAAGUCCGCACCGAGGAAUAUCUUGCAUCAUUCGUGUAUAAGUCCUAAUAUAUGUGCAAUUGUGCCAAAUCCCGCGGCCAUUUUGUAGCGAGGUUUACGGUUCACGGUUGACGGACGGAGAACGCCGAAAGUGUCCCAGAAAGGCCGUAAGCAUAUGUUCUCAGCAGGCCUAUAGACAAUGAUGAACUAACUGACUGAACACAACGAGACGUUCAAGAGUAGCACGUUCGCCAAAACCUGCCUGUGAAUGCACUCUAACCAAAUGUCUACCAUCAUUAUCGGUGGCGGUAUCAUCGGCCUAUCCACUGCCUACUUCCUGUCACUCAGCCGGCCGGUCACAUCCUUUUCACAGAUCCAUAUCAUUGACUCAUCUGCCGAGCUGCUUGCCUCGGCUAGCGGAUUCGCAGGUGGCUUUCUUGCUCUGGACUGGUUUUCUCCACCCGAGGCGGAACUGGGCGCACUAUCAUUUCGAUUACAUCGCCAGCUGGCAGAGAAGCACAGUGGGCAGCGACGAUGGGGCUACGCUGGCAGUCAUGUCUACAGUCUCGGCGUGGACGAUCCAGGUGUCAAGGCGAAAGGAAAAACAGCCAAUUCCGCAGACUGGUUGCUGGAGGGAACCAGUAGGGCGAAUGUGGCGAGAACAGACUCAAAGCACGAUGAUGUCCAGGGUAGUGUGACGCAAGGCGAGCCUAUCAACCCAGAUGGAUCACCUGCAGUCUUUACUCCGCAGAGAGGUGGCUCCUUGGAAACAAUUGCCGGGCCAGAGGAAUGCGCUCAGAUCGAGCCGAGAGAGUUGUGCGAAUUUCUGCUCGAGGAGUGUGAGAAGCGAAACGUCAAGGUUCAUCUCUCGACAAAGGCUGUGGAGUGCCUUGUGGACAAGGAUGGCCAGCUCAACGGUCUCAAGAUCGAGUCACAGGGAGCUGGGUCUGAACUGGAAUGUGACACCAUCGUCCUGGCCGCUGGCGCAUGGACUCCGCGAGUUUUCAAAACCCUCUUCCCCGACAGUACGAUUCGUGUCCCGAUUGAUCCCCUGGCUGGACACAGUAUUGUCGUGAGGUCACCUCGCUAUAAAGCACCAUUUAUUGACCCGUACAAGCGCAAGAUCGGCGGCGACGACAAUUGGCUCUGCUACUCCAUCUACGCCGCUCCAGGAAAGCACUGGAAUUUUGCCACUGAAGCAUAUGCACGGCUUGCGCGUAACGGUCAAGCAGAAAUCUGGCUCGGGGGUCUCAACGACGCCGACUUACCUCUCCCAGAACUUGCAACAGACGUCAAGGCCAUGAUUGACCGGCAGAGUGUCAAUACGGUCCGAAAAACCAUAGUCCAACUCACCGGGCUCGCCCGUGAAGCGAGCGACUUGCAUCAAGAUGACUUGGAGACGGUGCGAGAGGGUUUGGGCUUCAGACCAGUCAGUCGACGUGGGAGACCAAUUGUGUCCAGGAUAAAGGACGAAGACUUGGGAGGGCUGACAACCGGCCCAGGAGGUGUUUUUAUCGCUUCCGGUCAUGGGCCGUGGGGAAUCGCCUUGUCUCUAGGGACUGGAUUUGUGGUGACUGAGAUGAUUGAGGGUAAAGUCCCUAGUGCAGAUGUCAGUCAUCUUGAUAUCAGAUGAGGGAUAUUUAAUCAAAACCCC